AACCGCUAAAUAUUCAGAAGAAGAAAGAAGAUGGUUGCAGCUGACAAUUAAGGUUGGCUUGUGUCCGAUUUGGGCGUUUUUACGGUUGAUAGUAACUUUUCUGUUUUGGUAUUAAACAUCCUUUGCCUUCUUUUCGGUGGCUGGAAAGUGGGCAGACGCUACUUUGCUCUCGACUGCAAAACAAAAGACAAUUGUGGCAGCGCAGCGGAAAAGUACGGCCACUGUCUGAGAGUGAACGAGGAGGUGAUGGACAAUUUUUAACGUGGUGCAUUGGAACGUGGGGUAGAUUCCCUCCGUGUUUUAAAUCACGGUUGACGCCCAAAACAGACAGUCGGGAAGAAGAUCAACACGAGAGGAAUUGUAAACAAAGAUGGCAGCGCACAUUGUUUCCAGCAGCAUGUGAAGACACCGAAACACUGAGGUAUCUUGACUGACGAGCCUCGGUCGGUGUUUUGCUUCGUGUUUUGAGACCACAUUGGACGAACGCCACUACAUCCGCCAAGUCAGAUCUAAUUAAUUUGUGUAGCCUUUAAUCGCAAAAGAAUCUCAAAGGGCGUCACCAGCCCAUAGUGGACAAAGAUUUGCGACAUCGGCCUGAUCUAAACCUCAUUGAUUCCGCUGAAGUGGUUACCUUACAGAAGAAGAUCGUUUUUUUUCUUUUGUGGAGUUACUUUGCCAAUUGUUUUCCUAACCAUGGAUCCUGGGAAAAAAGUUAUUCCUGCCAGGAAGAAGAAAAAGAUGAUGUCCAUUCAAUUAAAACAUGAAAUAAUUGAAAAAUAUGAGCGAGGCGUACGCGUAGUCGACUUGGCGAGGCUGUACGACCGUAACACUUCAACGAUAUGUUCUAUACUGAAGCAAAAGGAGUCGAUAAAGGCUAUAACACCAGCCAUGGGUGUUAAAAUAAUUUCAAGACUCCGCACUUCUGUCCAUGAAAAGAUGGAGAGGCUGCUGCUGGUGUGGUUAACGGAGAAGCAGCUGACGAGGUGUCCUUUGACAGAGGGUGCCAUCUGCGAAAAAGCGCGGGCCAUUUACACCGACUUGCUGCAGCAGACCCCAGGCUCUUCAACAGACGGGGCACCAGAAGACUCGUUUAAAGCCAGCCGGGGUUGGUACGACAAUUUUAGGAGGAGGAUCAGCUUUCCCUCCGAUGUUGGGCAUGUUGGCGCUACGAGCUCCAGUGUGAACAAGGAUUGCCGCAAAACAUUUACAGAUGUGAUAGCAGCCGAAGGAUACGUCCCUCAGCAGGUCUUCAACUGUGACGAGACGGGCCUCUUCUGGAAAAGGAUGCCUAGGAGAACUUUCAUAACGAUCGAGGAAAUGAAGAUGCCUGGUCACAAACCUAUGAAAGAUCGAUUAACCCUCACAUUGUGUGCCAAUGCGAGUGGCGAUUGCAAGAUCAAGCCACUGCUUGUUUACCAUUCGGAAAAUCCCAGAGCCUUUAAAUCGCACAAGAUUAUUAAAGAAAAACUGCAGGUUAUGUGGAGGGCCAACCCCAGGGCGUGGGUCACCAGGCAGUUUUUUGUAGAGUGGGUCAACCUGGUCUUUGGUCCUGCUGUGAAAAAGUACCUCCAGGUAAAAAACCUCCCCCUGCAAGCCCUUCUUAUCUUGGACAAUGGUCCCGCUCACCCACACAACCUCCAAGAUGACAUUCUUGAAGAUUUUAAGUUUAUAAAGGUUUUCUACCUUCCACCUGAUUCCACCGCUCUGCUGCAGCCCAUGGACCAGCAGGUGGUUUGUAACUUUAAGAAGCUCUUCACCAGGCACCUUUUUCGCCGCUGCUUUGAGGUGACGCAGAGCUCAAAUCUCACCAUUCGAGAAUUCUGGAAGGAUCACUACAACAUUGUGUCAUGUCUCAAAAUUAUAGACAUGGCCUGGCAGGGUGUUACAAAGAGGACCUUGAUUUGUUCGUGGAAAAAGCUGUGGCCUGAGGUUGUGUCGGAAAGAGUCAUGUUCGAACCUGACACUGCGGUGGUGGAAGAGAUUGUGUCCCUUGGUAAAUCCAUGGGCCUGGAGGUGGACGAGGAAGAUGUGAGCGAGCUCGUCAAGGAGCACUCCCAGGAACUGACAUCGGAGGAGUUGAAGGCGCAACAGACACAGCAGCACGCAAAGGUUUUGCAGGAAAUCGAUACUGCCGCUGAGCCGGAGAUUGAUGAAGUUAUCUCUACGAGUGAGAUCAUGGAAAUGUUGGGAAUGUGGGAGAGACUUUCAAAUUUUAUUGAACGGAAACACCCGGAAAAAGUUGCAACUGGAUGCGCGUCGUCGCUAUUUAACGACACCUGCCUAGCUCAUUUCCGAAACAUUCUGAAGGAGCGGAAGAAACAACUGCUGAAACGGCCUGCGGGUGAAAGUGAGGAAAGUCUGAUGAAAAAGCCCAAAACAGAAGAUGAUUAAGUAGAGUGCGCUAAAAAAAUGGCACCUAAUUAUAAACCAGUUUGUUUCUCUACACUCUGUUUAUAAUAUUUAGCUUUUGUCCCAUACAGUGUUGUUUUUCUGUAUUAGCUACGUAACAAAAUAUUGAAGUGGGUUUAUGGUCUGUCAGGACAGUAAAUCAGAACAAAUGAAACUUGUAGGUCACAGUACCACUGCCACAGGACACUCCAGUGCCUUCUCCUUAGUGUUGCUACUUUGCCAAAAGAGAUGACGGUGGGGGCUUGAGUUGUUACCCAACAGUGGUACUAUCAAUAUUGAACCAGCCUAAUGUUGUGCGCUCAGAGAUUUGUUGAAUAUUAAUGUCAAUGGAGUGGCUGAGGGAUACAGCGCACUGGCUCCUGGAUCUGCCGCCGCGAUUGGACCCCCUCCUGCUGAUUUUCACGAAUGCGCCCUCGAUUGCAGAAGGUACCGAAUCGCACUGGUGGCCAUCGCCUGGACCAUCGGCAUGUUCAGUUUACUUCAUCACAAGGAGUUGACAUUCAUCUGCCUUGGGCUUUCCUUCUAUUGAUCUUCUGUGGAUUACUGGUGGCGGCGAGCAACCGCGUAUGGUUUGUUGACACCGGACCUGCUGCUAGCCAUCGACACAUGGACCUGAUUCACCUAUGUGGCGCUCUGGAUAUCAUGAGCCAUGUACACGCAAUUUGUUACAUCUCAGACCACGGCCACUCUACACCAUACGACAGGUGGGCAGGAGGAAGAGAAGGAGGCGCAACAGCUGGACAUGGAGUAGGAGCGACCCAAGUGGGACAAUUACACUGAGGACAAGUAGGCGGAGGAGGACGAAAGUCCUUGGCUGCAAGGGUGCAACAGAAUUUCAUAUGAGCGCCUGCAUUCAAAAAUAUUCAAAGUACGCAUGACUUUCGGACCUUUUUUACAGAUUAAUUGCUGUUCGACUUUGCAAAUGUAGUCAUUGAGAUGUCCGUCUCGUGUCAGUUCAACGCAUUCCUCUUUGCGGAGAGCAUUGUUGGGCUCUCUUUUAUUCCACCGGAAGUAGUCCUGUGCAUCACAUGGGGAAUGUGGCUUUAGCAUGUCCUCACAAUGUUCUCUUAUAGUAUAACCGCUAAUAUUACAACUUCUUUAUUUGGGUUAUUCAAACUUUUAUUUCUUCACACUGCCCGUUAGCUCUCAUCAAGUAACAGCUUUUCACACCAAAAAUACUUGGUAAUCAGGGUUGGUAAUGAAGCUGUUUAACGGC